AUGGGAGACGACAGACCGUUUGUGUGCAAUGCCCCGGGCUGUGGACAGAGAUUUACAAACGAGGACCACCUGGCAGUUCAUAAACACAAGCAUGAGAUGACAUUGAAAUUUGGCCCAGCCCGAACUGACUCAGUCAUCAUUGCAGAUCAAACUCCUACUCCAACUAGAUUCCUGAAGAACUGUGAGGAGGUGGGGCUCUUCAAUGAACUAGCUAGCUCCUUUGAACAUGAAUUCAAGAAAGCUUCAGAUGAGGAUGAGAAAAAGCAGGCUGCUGCAGGGCCCCUUGACAUGUCUCUGCCUUCCACACCAGACAUUAAAGUCAAAGAAGAGGGGCCCGUGGAGGUAGACUCAUCCCCACCUGACAGCCCUGCCUCUGGCCCCUGCUCCCCGGUGCUCAAGGACAAGGAAAUUGCCCCAAAGUCUGUUGUGAUAUCUACCCCAACGCCUACCAUUGUACGCCCUGGCUCCCUGCCUCUCCACUUGGGCUAUGAUCCACUUCACCCAACCCUUCCCUCCCCAACCUCUGUCAUCACACAGGCUCCACCAUCCAACAGGCAGCUGGGGUCUCCCACUGGCUCCCUUCCUCUCGUCAUGCAUCUUGCUAAUGGGCAGACCAUGCCUGUGCUGCCAGGGCCUCCGGUACAGAUGCCUUCUGUUAUAUCGCUGGCCAGACCUGUGUCUAUGGUGCCCAACAUUCCUGGUAUCCCUGGCCCACCGGUUAACAGCAGUGGUUCCAUUUCUCCCUCUGGCCACCCUAUGCCAUCAGAGGCCAAGAUGAGACUAAAAGCCACCCUAACUAACCAAGUCUCCUCAAUCAAUGGAGGUUGUGGAAUGGUGGUGGGUACCGCCAGCACCAUGGUGACAGCACGUCCUGAGCAGAGCCAGAUCCUCAUCCAGCACCCUGACACCCCAUCCCCUGCCCAGCCACAGGUCUCACCAGCCCAGCCCACCCCCAGCACAGGCGGGCGCCGGCGGCGCACGGUGGAUGAAGAUCCGGAUGAGCGGCGGCAGCGCUUUCUGGAGCGCAACCGGGCUGCUGCCUCUCGCUGCCGUCAGAAGCGGAAGCUAUGGGUGUCCUCCCUAGAGAAGAAGGCAGAGGAACUCACUUCUCAGAACAUUCAGCUGAGUAAUGAAGUCACAUUACUACGCAAUGAGGUGGCUCAGUUGAAACAGCUACUGUUAGCUCAUAAAGACUGUCCGGUCACGGCACUACAGAAAAAGACCCAAGGCUACUUAGAAAGCCCCAAGGAAAGCUCGGAGCCAACGGGUUCUCCAGCCCCCGUGAUUCAGCACAGUUCAGCAACAGCACCCAGCAAUGGCCUCAGUGUUCGCUCUGCGGCUGAAGCGGUGGCCACCUCAGUCCUCACUCAGAUGGCCAGCCAAAGGACAGAACUGAGCAUGCCCAUACAGUCGCAUGUGAUUAUGACUCCACAGUCCCAGUCUGCGGGCAGAUGA